AAACUCAGUAAGCUAUCGCCAUGGAUCGGGUUCGGGUCACGCCGCGGAGCUAUCCCACGAACCUCAUCGAUAAGGAUUGGGCGAACCGAAGGCUUAUGUAUAGGCGAGAUUCGGAGCACUUUCUGGGCUUAGUGCACGACAUGAAACUCAGAGAGGACGAUGUGUGGAUCGUAACUCUGCCGAAAUGUGGAACCACUUGGAUGCAGGAGUUGCUUUGGCUGCUGCUCAAGGACUGCGAUUUCCAGGGCGCGUUGGCCAAGGAUCAGGAGCUACGAACUCCGUUUCUUGAGUUCGGUUACUCCGUUUUCGGGGACGUGAACCGGGCAUUCGGGCCAGUUGAGGAACUGAAGUCGCCACGACUGAUAAAGUCGCACCUUCCGCUUGCUCUGCUGCCCUCCAAACUUUGGGAGGGAAACCACAAAGUGAUCUAUGUGUUCCGUAACCCUCUGGACGCCUGUGUCUCCCGUUACUAUCACGGGGUAUCCUUUGGUUUUAACUACAGGAAGUCACUGCACCAGUACUUCGAUGAGACGUUUCUAUCCUCUGAUGACUUCCCAACGGAGCUCAUUGAACAUGCCCAUGAGUUCUACCAGCUGAGACACGAGCCUUGGGUCUUCUAUACCAGCUUUGAAGUGAUGAAGAAGGAUCUGCGAGGAGUGAUCAAGGAUGUCUCCAGAUUUCUGAAUAGGCCCAUCAACGAUCAGCAAAUGGAGCAGCUGCUGAAGCAUUUGUCCUUCGAGGAAAUGAAGAAAAAUCCCACAACGAAUCAUCUGUGGGAGUUGGCCCAGAUUCAAUACGAAAAUGCUCGCAAAGAGGUGCACCCAUUCGUGAGACGUGGGGAUGUCAAUGGCUACAAGGACGAAUUGAAACCCGAACAAAUUGAGAAGGCGAAUGUCUGCUUACAAGAGAUUCUGGCGAAGAACGCAGUGACUUUGGACGAACUACUGCUCCUAAAUGGUCGGGACUGGCCCUGUAUUUGGCUGUGUACCCAGCACAGCCAAACAGUGAGGCAAUCCCCUCGAAAUGGGCCAAAAGCACACCAACACCACUGCAGGUGCACUCGCUGGCUGCGUGUGUGUGUGUGUGUGUGAGUGUGAAAGUAGUGAAAGCUGAAAGCUGAGAGCCGAGGGCGAACGGGGCCAAUACUUAUGCUUAUGCAAGGCAGCCGAGAGCCGACGCCACCGCCCCAAAGGGAGGCGAAGAACGGAAAACAGGCGACAUUCAUCGCAGGACGUGCGGCACGUGAAGUGUUCACUGUACUUCGGAAGCGGAGGAUAGGUCAAGGCGUCAACAGAGCAAUCUCCAGGAUGUGCGCCGCCCACUCGCUGCCCGUGACGUCACGACUGUUGCUUCUGGUGGCGACGCUACUGUUCUGCCCUGUGCAGGCGCAUCUCUCGAAGCGAAGCUACUCGGAUCAGAGUGUCCACGGCUACAUGACCGAGCGCACCUGCUGGUGGAACGAGGUGUGCAAGGAGGAGUUCCAGAGCCUCUUCCGCUGCAAGUGCCCCCAGUUCUCCUACUGCCGCUCGCCGGGACGCUACUACAAUGCCUACUGCUCGAUGACGGACACCGGUUAUAUUUGGACGCAGCCGAACUGGGAUUGGGGGGCGUAGGAUGAAGCCGCUCCGGACCCUGCCCCCGCCACGCCCCCUCACCGCCAGCACAGCUCGCUGUGACGUCAAACACACUGACUGCCGACCAAAUGACCCCGCAGCCCAAGCGCAAAUUAUUCCAGUAGGCUCCCACUUCGCGCCUCCUGCCCAGCCCCCAAAGCACUCUAGUGGAGAUGAGCUAGUCUCCCCCGUUGUUAUCGCA